GGGGGGGGGGCGCUCUGUGGGCCAACCAAACUGCACGUUACCACGGUGAUGCGGCUCCUGUUGUCCUCCUCUCUCAGACUGGGAAAAGCGCUCCACUCAGCUUCGUAGAGACAGCAUCUCUACUGGGGACUUCUCUGAACACGGUUUGCCAUUGCAGGCCUCAGAGAGAAAGUCAAGCAAAGUGCUUAUACCUUAAUUUCCCCUUUUUAUGAAUGAAUACCGGGUACACAAACAGUGAUUUAUUCGUACUUAACUCGUGUAUAUGAUCGCGUGAUCGUAUGACACUUUCGGAUCCAGUUGAAGAGUUUAUGUCUGUUUGCCAGCAAAGAGACAUUAACGCGCUGUCUCCCCUUUCCCGAUGAUCAGCGGUGUGGAAGAGAUCGGACCAUUGGAAAGGUGGGGAUUUAUACGGGAACUCCGCUGUUACAGUUUGCUUGGCUGUGCCGGAAUAUCUCUUGAAGCGAGGAUCAUCGGGGGUCAGGAGGUCAAGCCAUAUUCGAUCAAAUACCAGGCCUCCCUGCAGACCGAGAAGGGAGAGCACUACUGUGGAGGAACGCUGGUGGACAAACAGUGGGUGGUGUCUGCUGCCCACUGCUGGAGACCGAGCUAUUUGAUGACUGUGGUGUUGAGUGAACACAGCCUGACUGAAACAGAGGGAUAUGAACAGACCUUCGGUGUCUCAAAAAUAUAUUUACACAACUACAACUACAAGACAUUCAGCAAUGACAUCAUGCUUAUUAAGCUAGAUAAACCAGCACAGCUCAACGCCUACGUCCAGCCAGUGAGGCUGCCUGAUGUAGACACCCCCCCAUUAAAGGGGGAUAUUUGCACAGUGAGUGGGUGGGGUGUGACACAAGUUUACAGCUACUUCCUGUCUCCGGUGCUACGGGCUGUGGACGUGAAGGAAAUUUCUUUCUGCAACUGGUACUACUGGGGGAGGAUCACUGAGAACAUGAUGUGUGCUGGAUCUCAAUAUGGUGGCAAAGAUUCCUGCCAGGGAGACUCCGGUGGUCCUCUUAUCUGCAAUGGCAACUUUGAGGGCAUUGUCUCCUGGGGUAUCAGCUGUGCAAAUCCAUACUUCCCAGGGGUCUACACCAGAGUGAGGAGCUAUGUGCCAUGGAUCAACUUUAUUAUUAGCUCUGACUAAACAUUCAGCUUCAAUCUUAAUGGCAUCAGAAAGUUCUAACUCAUGAUUUUGCCUUUAUGUAUGUGCAUGGUACUAUAAAUACCUUCAAAUACUUAGUAUAACAGUAAAUCAUUGUAUGAUUUUCAAGUAUUAAUUUUUCUCAUGCUUACACAAUAUAAAACCCUACUUACUUUUGUGAUUGCCUUGAUGAAAUAAUAUUCUAUUACAAUACAUUUUAGAAUUAGUUUUCCAAAUGUCAAUGCAAUACAACUUAAUUAUUAUAAGUGGCCAAUAUUAAAAAAUGUCGUUUAGAUAUUCCUAACAUGAAUAAAUGCAUUUAAUUUGGUCUUGUUUUAAUGAAUGAGGAACACUGUUGUCACUUUAAUGGACAUUAGAUGAAAAUAAACUGCAGGGUUUUAAAUGAUGGUCUAAAUAAGCCCAGUGAAGUUUUUUCCCUACAAGCCAGUUCAUGCAUGAAUUGUAAUAAUCUCAAUCAGGCUUUUCUACCACAGUUUUCAGUUAUCAUUAGGGAUAAAAAAAUAAAUAAAAUUAAAAUAGAUUUUUGGAACAUGUCUUCUUAAAAGAGUCUUGACAUAUCCACCUCAAUACUUAUACCUUCUGGAUUUCAUUGUUCUCCGUUAGAUCCUCUGCUUACAACCCUGUUUCUAUGUUGUUGUAUUCCUGAGUUCUGUGUUCUCCAUAAGUCACAAUUAAAGAUUCUUCUACUCACCAUGCAA